AUUAGUAUUAUUUCAUAUAACCUACUAUGAUCCUACUACACGUCCCGUGUCAACCCAAAUUCUACUGGGUUUAGGAUCCGAUUAAUGAAGUCCAGUUCCUGGGCGGGUCCCUUAACACAGCUGGAUGAAAAACAUCUGGAUCCGCCUACACGGAACUCCAGCCAAAAGCCCCGAGCCCAACCAGUUGUUUCACUGAAUACGACUUCAAUAAGCUAAAUGAACGUCUAUCUUACUACUCACGUUCCCAAAUACAUAGACAAAUACAGUGCGACCACGACGUUUUAAUCAGGUUAUUUUUUUAAUGUCAAUAUUAUGGGGUGCUGGAGAUUCUCGGCAGUGAAUAUUGUUCUUCUGUCUUUCUGUCUUCCUAUCCUCUCCUUCACACACAUCAAGACCAACCUGUGUAAGUGGUGUGACUACUCCAGCCCUAUCUGUGAGGACAGUGUGUGUUAUACCAACUGCUCCCUCUCCUCCUUCUGUACUCUGAGUGAAGAGAUUUGCAUUGCAAUAUGGCGGAAGGACAAUGAGAGUAUGAGUGUGAAGACGUUAUGCCACCAGCCCCAGCAGCCACUGGAGAAUAUCAUGUUGUCAAACUACUCCUCCAACGAGUGUGUGAUGGCUCCUCAGCCCUCUGAGGAUGGGGUCCUGUUCGUUUGUGGCUGCCUAGGAGAACACGAGUGCAACGAUAAGCUUAUAUUCGACAAGGGCUCCAAUGAUUUUUCCAAGCUCAAGAGUAAAGAUGUGAUUCCAGUGGUGGUGAUCAGCCUGGUCCCUCCCUGUUUAGUGGCUAUCAUCGCUACCAUGGCUUUCUACCUGUACCGUACCAGACAGCCCGGCAAGCAGCCCAAAGACUGGGCUCCCAAACGCACACACUACCAGGCCUUGGACAUCCCAGAGGGACUCAGUGGGGAGGCCAUCACCGGCGGUGAGGACUGCCAUGGCAAGCUGUCAGCCAUCAAUAGCGACGCUACAUCUGACAUGUCUCCCGUCCGGGCCCAUAACUUCAACCACAGCACGGAGCAGCUACCCAUCCAGCUAGAAGCCUUGGUGGGGAAAGGGAGGUUUGCUGAGGUGUGGCGGGCCAGGCUCCACCACCAGGCAGCUGGUCCUCAGUAUGAGACGGUGGCAGUGAAGAUCUUCCCGUCUGUGGAGUAUGUGUCCUGGAGCAACGAGAGGGCCAUCUUCUCUGAUGCCAACCUGGAGCAUGAAAAUGUGGUUCAAUUCCUGACAGCAGAGGAGCGAGGGCCCUCCGGCUCCCCUCAGAGGCAGUACUGGCUGGUCAUGGCCUACCACGGCCUGGGAAACCUACAGGACUUCCUGGCGGGCCAUGUAUUGAGCUGGGCUGAGCUGUGUGCUAUGGCUGGGUCGGUGGCUCGAGGAUUGGCCCACCUCCACAGUGACACCACCCCUUGUGGGAUCCCCAAGGUGCCGGUGGCCCACCGUGAUCUGAAGAGCAGCAACAUCGUGGUAAAAAGCCGGAGAGAGUGUGCCCUCUGUGACUUUGGUCUGGCUCUGAGACUGGACCUCUCCCUCACCGUGGAUGACUUUGCCAACAGUGGCCAGGUGGGUACAGCUCGCUACAUGGCCCCUGAGGUGUUGGAGUCCAGAGUGAAUCUGGAGGAUCUGGAGGCUUUUAAACAGAUGGAUGUCUACUCCAUGGCCCUGGUCCUCUGGGAAAUGGUGUCCCGCUGUGAAGUCAUAGGAGAGGUUAAGAGUUACGAGCCGCCGUUUGGCUCUAAGGUGUGUGACCAGCCGUGUGUGGACAGCAUGAGGGACCUGGUCCUGAGGGACAGAGGCAGACCUGAGAUACCCACCAGCUGGACAACACAUCAGGGGAUGAAUCUACUGUGUGCCACCAUCACUGAGUGUUGGGACCAUGACCCAGAGGCCAGGCUCACAGCCCACUGUGUGGUGGAGCGCUUUGGAAGUCUAGAAGAGGAGAUGGAGCAGGAGGUGUUAGACGCUGUCAACAACAGCCAGGAGUGUCCUCCCUCUGACACCUUCCCUGACUCCACCGGCUGUGAUGUGGACCCUCUGGCCCCUGAAACAGAUACAGAAGGGACCCUCAUCCCUGGGCAGAUAAGUGAGAUAUUAUAAGGAGGACUUAAACUUGAUCACCAAAAAGAGACAUCUUUGUAUGAUAGAUUGAAGGCACUCUACCCUAUGAACAAAGAGGAAAAAAUAUUUUUUCUAUGAUAGAUUGUAUCCUUUGAAGGAGCUGGUCUCCGGAUUGAUUUGUAAUAUAACCUUUAUGAAGUGUCUUAUGAAUGCACGUAUGAACUUUUGCCACUGAAGAGAUUCUUUCUGCCCCUUGGAAAGUUGUGUGUACAGGAUUCAGGGAACAGAGCAAACAAGCAGACCACAAAUCAUUAUCCCAACUUCACUAUCACACUGCAACAUGUACAUUUUACCAAUAAUCCAAAAAGCAGAUUAGUUUCCAAAUCUGAAGUACAUACAUCCUAUAAUGAAUGAUCACAUGGAUCUGUUCUAAAUGCAGGUUGACGUUUAUUUUCAUGAAUCUUGUCCUGGAGGCAGAACUGAGCUAUUUCCGCUUAGAUAGGCUAGCUGCAAAGAAAGAAAUGGGCUAUUAUUUAAUUUUAGUUUAGGGUUAGGCAUAAGGGUUAGCAGUGUGGUUAAGAUUAGAUUUCAAAUCAGAUUUUAUGACUGUGGCAGCUAGUGACCACUCUGCAGAGCUGCCUCCAGAACAGGGUUCAUGAUAGAAAAAUGCAAAUUGCACUUAAAAUGGAACCUUAUUCCCUACAGAUUGCACUACUUUUGACCAGAUUCCUAUGGCUCUGCACUAUAUAGGGAAAUAGGAUGCCAUUUGGGACGUACAAAUGUUUAUUAUUUGCUAAAGUAUAGAGAGCACUACGUUUUGACAACCUUCAUUGGUGUACCAGCUAUUUAAAUUGGUCCUUGCUCCUAUUGGAGAUAAUUUACUAUCAUUUGUUUUUAAAAAUGAGUUUUCCAUUGCCUUCUCAGUGUGUAGCCUCAAACAGUGGUGUGGUUCUCAUUCCCCUUAAUAUAUCCUAAAUGGCUCCCUAUGUCCUACAUACUGUGGUGCACUACUUUAAACCAGUUAGCGCAGAGCUGAGAGGUUUGCAUUUUUCUAAGAGUUUCAUUCUGAUUAACCACAAGAUGCUCUGACUACAAAUGGUGAAUGCUGUUAUAUAGGCUAGAGACCACAACACACAAGCUAACAGGGUGAAAUGCCUUUUUUAAGAUGAAUGAGAACCAAGGAGCUUUUAAUGAUCAUUUGAACUGAUAGCUGUACACAAGGACUUUCUAAGGAUACUUUGAUCCGUUUGUAGCUAUUGCAUACAACUACAUUGUCAAGGCUCGUUUUUCCCCACCAUGUGAACCAUGUGACUGCCUUCAUCUGUUUACUGAGACACAUAAUUAAUUUGUUUAAUUCAAAUCUGAUGUCUGAGCAUUAUUAAGAGGGCAUGAUCUAUCUUUAUAUACUAUGCAUCAGAGAACUCACAGUAAGAGCGACUGCUCUCCCAGACAGCCUGGUAUGACACUCAGAUCUACACCAAUUCAGUCAUUCACUGACUCUCUUGCUUCAAAGGUAAUGUUAAAAUCUUUUAUCACACUAACCGAGCGGACUAAAAUAAUUAAAACAGGAGUUGGUGUAGAUUUGAUUACGCCAUUAAGAAGAUCAAUAGCUUUUUCGCAUAGAACUAAUCAAUGGCUGGGAAAGAAGCACUGUCUAAUUGUGAGAGGCAUGGCAGUGACAUACUCUUUGAAUCAUGAGCUGGGUCGUGUUAGAUUGGCACAAAUGGAAGAAAACAAGGUGAAAUGUAAAAGUACUCCCUUAGCCUUUAUUGGACAAGUCUAUUUUUUGAUUUCCGUUGCUACGGCGUGCCCUAAUGAACACAACCAAGGUUAACCCUCUUCCCUUGGGAAUGGUCAAGUUUGAGGAUGCACAGUAAGACCAUGGCCUUAACUAUAUGGAGAAAUAUCUAAGUAUGAUAUUAAUGAACUAUGCAGAAGACUAAAGAAUGAGGUUAUUGAACUUCUGAUGAAUGACCACAGAUAAAAACAAAAUUGUGAACUGGUUCCACAACAUGUUAGCUAUUUGUCUUGUAAAAUAGGUUAUGUAUCAGGUCUCUUAUUUUGUUACUAUUUGUGAGGGGGGGGAAACCCACCACAAAACUGUCAUAAAAAGACACAUUAAAAAGAACGUCAAGCAGCUUUA